AUGGAGGUCGCCCCCGGUGCCGUCCUGAGGAGGGAACCCCCAUCCCAUCCCGCCGCCGCCGCCGCUGUGCUUCUCCGACGGGGACCUCGUGGGGGAGGUUGGAUCAGCAGCGUCUCUGUGCGCCAGCGGCGGAGCGGCGGCGGCGGCUGCUUCGACGACGAUGGGCAUCUCCGGUACUAUGGAUCGCCGGUGAGGUGCGGCGGGAGGAAGGAGGAGAAGAUGAUGGGGAAGAGGAGGGAGAAGCUGGUUGAAGGGCUGGUUGGGCUCCAGGCCAUGGGUGGCCUCGACUUGGCGGCGAUGGCCGGCGGCAAGGUUGAAUGCGGGAAGAUGAUCGUGGAUGUAAGGGUUUUUUAAAAUCUCUCCUCCAUCUGCGUCUUUCGAAUUUUCUCUUCGAUUUUCCUCCAUUUAAUCGGGUGAUUGAAUGGGUCAUUCUUCCAUUUAAUCGGUGAUUGAAUUGGUCCUUCUCCCAGAUUGAUCGAAAGAUUCCCUUCUGGGCUUUUCUUCCCCCUGGUUUGGGAUCCUCGUCUCCAAUAAAUCUUCCGUGAUUCCAGACAGGGAUUUGUUAGUGAAGAUGUCGGUUCUGUGAUGGCCUUCGAUCUGCUUUCUUUCGAUCGGGCGUUUGAAUUCCUCCUUGGUGUUCUGCAAUGAAGAUUCUCGCGAUUCGGUCCUCAUCUGGCUCGGAUUUUGCAGGAAGUGGCCGACAUCUUGCUGGCCCGAUUGGAUCUGCUGAGAGCGGAGGAGAAGGAGAUAAAGAAGAGGAGGAAGAAGGAAGAGAAGGCCGCCAUGAAAGCCGCCGGGGAGCAAUGCGACGAGAGCUCGGGCUCGGAGGACGACGACGACGAGCAGAUGAAGAUGAAGAUGACGAUGAAGAUGAAGAGGAAAUCAGAGGAGAAGAAGAUGAAGAAGAUGAAAGCGUCCUGCCAGAAUACGAAAGACUGCGGCGAAUCCGAGGACUCAUCAUCGAGCUCCUCCUCCGAGUCCAGCGACAGCGACUGCGAAGAAGAGGACCUCGUGGACAUGAAAUCCCUCAGAUCCUCCGCCCCUGCAGAUGCUCCACCUGCGACUGGAGAAACCAAGCCGGUGGAGAAACCAGGAGGGAGAGGAGCAACCUCCACCGCCGCCAUCUCGCUGACCCGUUGCAGCGCCGCCGCUGCCAUCGGAAGCCCCAGUGUGAGCGCCUGCUGCAGCAAGAGCGUUGACUCUCCCGCCGCCAUGGACAGGAUUGAGAUCUGCAUGGGGGGCAAGUGCAAGAGAUCAGGAGCGAUGGAGCUGAUGCAGGAGUUCCAGCGGAGGGUCGGCGUGGAAGGCGCCGUCGUCGGCUGCAAGUGCAUGGGCAAGUGCAAGGAAGGCCCCAAUGUCCGCGUCCGGACUUCCACCGCCGCCGCCGCCGCCGCCGCCGCCGCAGUAGCAGCAGCAGCGGAGGAAUCCACGGCUGCCAGGGCUGUGAGGCCCCCUCCUCUCUGCGUCGGCGUCGGGAUUCAAGACGUUGGUGCGAUUGUGGCCAACUUCUUCUCGGAGAACAAGGAAUUGGACCUGGCGGCCGCUUGA